GUCUGAUUGGUGCUUUUGGUUUAUACAUUACUUGAUAUUUGCAUCUGUGGAUUCAUGUGAUAUAAUUGACUUCUAUUUCUUGGACUGUGCAACACCCUUUGCUUGUAAUGGACCCUUGAACCUUAUUUAUUUAUAAUUCUGUAGAAUAAUCCAAUCAGGUAAAUAUACUCGAUGCUUAUUUUUCAGGUUUUUUAUUUAUAAUUCUGUAGAAUAAUCCAAUCAGGUAAAUAUACUCGAUGCUUAUUUUUCAGGUUUUUUAAUAUUUUACCAAUCUUCAAAUAUACUACCUACAACUAUAAAGAUGUUUCUUUGGAGUUUGGAUGUUAGAUUCUGGUAUUAUAUGAUAUAUCAACAAGUUGAUUAAGCUUGCCUUCCUUUUUGGUGGCAUAUUACUUUGCUGUGAGCCAUGCAAGGAGUGUCGACUAUAAUGCUCAAAUUUUUUGAAAACUGUGUCAGUGCUCAUUAGAAAUAUGAUAAUUGGAAAUAAAUUUGUUAUGGUGUGGCUAGAUUUUAGCGCUAAAUGAUUAUUAGUUGGUUUCAUUAUUCUCAAACCAGACAUCUUAAAUUUGUCAUUGUGAUAUUAUAGCAGAUCUAUACAAUAGUUACCAGACAUCUUAAAUUUGUCAUUGUGAUAUUAUAGCAGAUCCAUACAAUAGUUACCAGACAUCUUAAAUUUGUCAUUGUGAUAUUAUAGCAGAUCCAUACAAUAGUUAUCAACCACAAUAUCAAUAACCUACUCAACCAUAUAAACCAUUUAGUACUGCUUUCUAACUUUACGACCCAUUGCAUAAAUUUAAAUAUAUCCCUUUUCAUUCCCCAAGCAUUUCUCUUACUUUUUUAUCUGAAAACAUCAUAUCCAGCCUCUUAAAUAUAAAUAAGAUCAUAACUAAGAAUAAAUAGAAACCAUUUGAUCAUGAGGAAAUCACUUGCCUUGCUCAUUCAAUCCAAAAUUAUAGCAUUGCUUCACAAAUGAUUCUUUUUGUUAGCUCCGUUUAUUAGUUAAUUUUUCUUCCUCCAUGUUCUGACACUUUUUUGGUGAUAAUAUACACUUCAGGUGAGAACACAAAAUUGGCUUUCACCUUAGUUUUUCACUACAUUAUAAAAAGGUCAACUAUAUAGCCUUAGAGAUGAUGCAACUUAUAUGCGAACUGCUCAUAGUAAUUACUUGGUUAUUGCCAUUAUUUUGGGCACAUUGGGCCUGGUUAUAUUUGCUGUUUAAAAUUCUUUUCAUUCUCAUUGCAUUGGUGAAACACAUCAAAAAAAGUCUAUAGGAAAAGAAUUCUUUUUGGAUGUUGCUAUCGAAAUGCAUUUCAUUCUAUGACAAUCAUGUGUUUUUGAAAUUUGUUUAACAGAGCAUGUAAUAAUUGCCGCAGGUGCAUUCUUCCUUCUAUGACUUCUCUGUUACCCACUGUACAGGAUGCCCUUGAUUAUAGUUAGCUUAUAGUUGAGAAAAUUACAAAGAAAAAAAUGGAAAAUGAGAUUUUUUUAGGGGAAAAAGGAGAAUUACUUGAAAAAUAUUGAAGAGUUUGGAAGAAAUGAAUAUUUGGGCCAAAAAAAGAGCUUACAAAAAAAGUGGCAUAGCCAAAAUAAAAAGUAAAGAAAAAAAAAGAGAAAUGAAUUUAUCGGAUAACUUUGUGAAAAGGAGGAGAAAAAAUUUUAGAGUUGGUCUAAAGAUUGCAUGAAAGAAUUGAGUGACCUGAUUGAUGGUUUGAAGUUAGGCAGUGGAACAGGUGGUUUGAUGCCCAUUCUUCUAUUGGGCAUAAUGUAACUAUCCAACUUAAGGCGCAGAUGCUGACCUUUGUGGUGUUUGGAGAACUUUGGGCAUGUUGUUACUUAGCAUUUCUGGUUGAAUAUGCUUGCACCCCUGAAGAAGUUCAACAGCAUUUUCAGUCGUGCGGGACAGUUAACAGAGUCACUAUUCUGACUGACAAAUUUGGUCAGCCCAAGGGUUUUGCUUAUGUUGAAUUUGUGGAAGCGGAGGCUGUCCAAGAGGCUCUUCAGUUGAAUGACUCUGAGCUGCAUGGUCGUCAACUCAGGGUUGCAGCUAAGCGGACGAAUGUUCCAGGGCUGAAGCAAUUCCGUCCCGGGCGAUACAAUCCUUACAUGGCAUAUCCAUAUAGCAGGCCAUACAUGCCACCCUACUAUGCCUCCCCUUACGGAUACGGGAGGUUUCCUCGAUUCAGAAGGCCGAUGCGCUAUAGGCCCUACUUCUAACUAGUGAAUUCUUCACUUCGCUUGGUGCACUGAAUGUUUAUCCCUCAGGGUUUGCUUCUAAAUAUCAGAGGGGGGCUUGCUUCCAUAUUUGGUUACACUUUAUGUUGUUUAGUUGAUGGUUUAGGGCUAUAUGAUAACUUCUCUAUAGCAUGUAAUGCUUGUUGAAAUUGCUGAACGUUCCUGGAAGAAAUUUGCAACCUAUAAAUAUCUACUCGACAUUUAUGCUUUGGACAUAACGGAUGAUUUAUCCUUGUAAUCAGAUUUAACUAAUGUGAUGGUUUAGGUUUAUUCUUGAUCA